AGCCGAGUCGGUGCGGGCGGUCGUCCUCGCGCUCGGCCGAGAUGAGCUCGCGCGGGGCUCGGCUUGUAGGCAGGGAACAAAACAUGACGGAAACAGAUGCCUUUCAUAGAAGUGAAACGUUUGAUCCAGCAGAAAAGUACAAAAUGGACCACAGGAAGAGAGGAGUUGCUUUAAUCUUCAAUCAUGAGAGGUUCUUCUGGCACUUGACGCUGCCAGACAGGCGUGGCACCGAUGCAGACAGAGACAAUCUUAAACGCAGGCUUUCAGAUCUAGGAUUUGAAGUGAAGUGCUUUAACGAUCUUAAAGCAGAAGAACUACUGCUCCAAAUUCAUGAGGUGUCGACCUCUAGCCAUACAGAUGCUGAUUGCUUUUUAUGUGUAUUCCUGAGUCAUGGUGAAGGCAAUCACAUUUAUGCAUACGACGCCAAAAUUGAAAUUCAGACAUUGACUGGUUUGUUCAAAGGAGACAAAUGUCAGAGCCUGGUUGGAAAACCCAAGAUAUUUAUCAUCCAGGCGUGUCGAGGAAACCAGCAUGAUGUGCCAGUCAUUCCUUUGGAUGUUGUGGAUCAUCACACAGACAAGCUGGAUGCCAACGUAACGGAGGUGGAUGCAGCCUCCGUUUACACGCUACCUGCUGGAGCAGACUUCCUCAUGUGUUACUCUGUUGCAGAAGGUUACUAUUCUCACCGGGAAACUGUGAACGGCUCUUGGUACAUUCAAGAUUUGUGUGAGAUGUUGGGAAAAUUCGGUUCCUCCUUAGAGUUCACAGAACUCCUCACGCUGGUGAACAGGAAAGUCUCUCAGCGCCGGGUGGACUUUUGCAAAGACCCAAGUGCAAUUGGAAAGAAGCAGGUUCCCUGCUUUGCCUCAAUGCUUACUAAAAAGCUGCAUUUCUUUCCAAAACCUAAAUGAGGGGAGCUAUUUUCUCUUAUGCAUCUGUGUUCAAAUAUAUUUCCCUUCUUUUUAUAUAAAUGACUAUCACUAGGUUGAAGCUUGUGGGCCAGCAACUUAAAAUAUUUUAAGGUUUAAUGUCUAGCAGAGAACUUUUUUUUUUUAAAUAAUUCAUAUUGGACGUGAAGAAAGGGUUUAUUGUAUGUAGAAAAAAAAUCCUCAGGGAAUUACUAUAAGUAAAAAUCCACAAGCAUUUGUAUUAGUUGCUCUUUUUAGUAAGCUGCAAGAUUACCCAUAAUAUCUGUCUGAUUUUAUCUUGAUAUUGGCUGAUUUUAACGUGUAUUUUAUGACAUUUUUUAUAAAAGUUUAUUUUGUAAUGUUUUUAAAGGCUUCUGAAAUCCAAGAAUUAGAUCAUUGUUUCCCCUUAAUAAGAAAUUUGGAAUUCAUGUUUUAUUAAGUUUUUCUAAUUCACAUUCUUAUUCAUGUGCGUAAUUUGUAGUGGGCUUAUUUUACUUGGUCACAUAAAUGCCUUCAAGAACUAUUAUAUGGCAUUCUGAGGGUGAAAUAUAAAACACAGCUAGUUCUUAGCCAAUAUAGGCUAACACUUCCAAAUCUGCUUGUCAGUAUCUUCCAUGUUAAGUUACUGUACAUUUUCUAAGUCACCAGUCACACUCACAGAUCAUAACAUUAAUAAAAUAAUAGAUUUUCUUUUAGAGCUUCUUCUUAAUAUGAUA